GUGCCAAAAAGAUCCUGACGCACAAGGACGCACCGCACUGGCACCGCUCCUGUUCCCUAUUAAAUACAACUUCCUGGGAAAAAAACAACAGGAUACGAGCUUCCAUUUUUCAUUUUUCACACCCAGCGGAGAGAGAGAGAGAAAGAGAGGGAGCUAGAGGGACAACAAGAAGGCGAUGCCAACUGGAUGUUUUUGUCUUAUUAUGAUGUUUUGUCAACUCGGAAUUCGCCUAGAGAUGGCAUAAUCGGACUCCCUCCACGAAAAACGACUCCAUUUGUGUUUUAAUAUCCGAAUGAUCUUUUGUCAUCAUCAAGGAACGCGAGAUUUGGACACGGUGGGCCAGAGAGUGAGUGAGAGGAGCUAUAUGCCACCGCUAGACAACAAAGGCGCAUUUUGGCACGCGCUGUUCGCUGUCAUCUCAGGUGUGCGUAAAGGACAGAACUCACAGCCAUAAAAGCGUUUGGUGUCACGGAAUUCAGUGCACAUUUCUGCGUGUCUUUGUUGUUACGCGCGUCGUUUCGGUCAUUCCUCGUGCGCGCUAUAGGACGCUCGUGUUAAUAGGCUAAUUAUGCAGGCGCUGGAGGAUGGAGAGAGCGCGUUUGGAUGCUGCUGCUGCUGAUGAUGAUGAUGGUGCGCCGCUCUCACAGUUUUUAGAGUCCAUUAGAGUCGAGAGAAGACGCCUAAGCCCCGUGAGCCGAGGAAGCGCGCUCCCAUUGGCUGGAUGACGGUGCACAUGGUAUAACAACAGGAUAUGCAAAGGACUACGGGCUUCCACCGCAGCCUAUCAUGAAGGUCCAGGCCCGGAUCGACCGAAAUCAGCGCUGUAACCAGGAAGUGACCCUCAAAGCGCGCACAGCAUCACCCCUCUGAUCCGGGAGACUGUGGGUACCUGUCUCUGUGGUGAGUCUGAGUCUGAGCUGAAGGAUGUUUAAGAACCGCGUGCGCAUGUUCUUCAAUGAGCUCAAAGUGCUGCUCCUGAUGCGCUCCGGCUCCAGCACCAGGUCGGACUCAGGAGGAGGAGGUCCUGAUCCAGAGCCCACGAUCGGUGCAUCGUCUGUGGGGAGCUGUGGCUGUUCUCCCCUGGGCUGCUCUCAAUCGAACAACCAGGACGCGGAGGACUAUUACGGGAAUAACCCCCGACCCCAGAGCCUGUCGCUGGAGGAGAGGGAGGGCAAAGGCCUGGACACGUCUCUGCCCAGCCUGUCUGAGAUCAGCAUCAAGUCCCCACAAUGCAGGAUCUGCUUCCAGGGGCCCGACAAGGGGGAGUUGCUGAGCCCGUGUCGCUGUGAUGGCUCUGUCCGCUGCACGCACCAGAGCUGCCUCAUCCGCUGGAUCAGCGAGAGAGGCUCCUGGAGCUGUGAGCUGUGUCUGUUUAAGUACCACGUGCUGGCGAUAAGCACCAAGAACCCACUGCAGUGGCAGUGGAUUUCCCUGUCGGUGAUCGAGCGUGUGCAGAUCGCGGCGGUGGUCCUCGGCUCGCUCUUCCUCCUCGCCAGCGUCUCGUGGCUCGUGUGGUCGUCUCUCAGCCCCUCGGCCAAAUGGCAGAGACAGGACCUGCUCUUCCAGAUCUGCUACGCCAUGUACGGCUUCAUGGACAUCGUCUGCAUCGGACUCAUUAUCCACGAGGGCUCCGCAGUUUUCCGCAUCUUUAAACGUUGGCAGGCCGUGAACCAGCAGUGGAGGGUUUUGAACUAUGAAAAAUCCAAGGACCUGGGUGAGCCGAGUAGUUUGAACUCAAAACCCGGAGAGAGAGCGGCGGCUGCAGGUGGGACGGUGGACAGCAGGGGGCAUCCCAUCCGGAGAUACGCCAUAAGAACUAUCUUCCAUCAGAACUGUGGGUUCACUUUACUGCAUGUACUGAACCAGAUCAGAGCCAGAGGGCUGCACCGGAGAGGCCAGGAAGUAGUCAUGAGGGUUACCACUGUAUGAGAAGAACUAUUUAUGACGACUAAGACGUAAGAACUGAAAUUACACUUGGGACAAUAUAGGGUUUUUAAUGCAACGCAAACACUGUCACACAUUUUUGGAGUGAAGUAAGUAAAAAUGAACAUGGGACUUAAGGAGAAAAAGAAAAACAGUGUGGAACGAUGUGAUAUUAUAAAAAGAUCUACAUCACUGCCAUUGCACACAGCAAAAAAUGACAUCAGGAUCUGUUAAAAUGACUUGAAUUACAAAUAUGUCGUGAUUUUUUAAUCUUUUCAUUUCCCUUUUUAAUUUGCAUCGGAUCCAGAAUACACACUUCACACUUAAAUGCUUUAUGAAGAUGUGAGUCUGGUCACCGGUGAAUCUCUCUGUUUCCAGAUGGGUAUGAUUAGCCAAUCAGGGACGUGCAUGGUCCGUCUGUAUCAAAACAAAUAUGGCUGCUUACGAGGGAUAAAGAAAGUGAAAAAGUAUCACAGGGGACUGAUAAACAUGGACGAUUUCUGCAGAAUUAAUGAGUAAAGUGCUAAACUUUGCUAAUCUGAGGUGAGGAAAAUGUGAUUUUGUUCUACAUGACAAUGACCAAUGAGCUCCUCUGUUUCACAUGCGUUACUGAAAUAAACAAAACUGAUUGGACGAUCAUGUUUGGUUCUGGCCCGAGACACAUCAGAGGGCGUGGUAACCAGACUGAUAUCGCUUUGCAUAACAAACACAGAGAGACAUCGCUCUGGAUUUACCAGGCAAUGUAUUAAGUACAAUAUUUAAGUUUUAUUUGUUUUUCUUAAAUUUUUACUUGACAUAAAGUUAGAUUCUUGAAGGUGCUAUGCCGAAAAUUAUUUUUGCAAAUGAGUAAAUCCUUUAAUUUUCCAUGAUAUUGAUCGCAAACCCAGAAGAAAGAGACAAACGCUAAAAGCUGAUUGGCUGAGUGUUGGUAUUCCUGCUUCACUUUGCUGUUUUAAAGCUGUACACGCUACCAAAAAAACAUGCAUGUGAAUACGAGCAAUGUACCUCAGAACCACUCCAGACAGGUGUAAAUACAGACUUCCUCCUUUCACAGGUUUGACAGUUUAACUUUAAUUCAAGUCAUUUUAAUGUGUCAAAAUGUUACUUUUUGCGGUGGAUCAGUCAUGUUUUGGUUCGUGGGUCACAUACAUUUGGGAACUGUCUAAAUCAUGAAAUUGUAACGAGAAAGAAUGACUCAGAAUUUGGUUGUAGGAUGACAUGGUGUGGCUCAGUGGUAGAACUGCAGCACUUAAACAGGCCGGGCUCCAGUUUUUAGGUUUUCCAAAUGUAAUUCCCAAAUUUGUGGCGUCCUGUCAAAAAAAAAUAGGAAAAUGGUAAAUGGGGUAACAGAAAGUUGGAAGGAGAAAAGCUGUACAAAAUGUUAGCAGCUUAGGUUGUUUUUUAAGAGCGCUAGCAGCCAAAACAUACCGAUAAAGUAAAUACAUCUACUACUAUACUGUGUUUAAAAAGAACCCAAGUUUUUAAUGUUUAAAGAAAAACAAAAUUAUUGUUUUUGGAAUAGGCUCUACAAAAUGUUGAGUGAAAUGGUGAAUAAAGUUUGAUAUAAACUAAAAUUGUAAUGUAAUUUUCCAAAACAUUAUAACCUUAUGUUUCUCCAAACCAAAUCCACCAAUUUUGAACCCCCAAAGACACUUUACACUGCAUAAUCCAUUCACUCCAUAACUGGUCGUGAUAAGCUGAUAUCGUAGCCACAGCUGUCCUGGGGUAGACUGAUCUCCAAGGCUGACAAUCUGCGCCAUCGGCCCCUCUUAUCACCACUAGUCACUCAUGGAUCCAAAAGUGAUGAGAAAUGUGGAUCAUUACCAUAGCAAUUAACAAUUCAAAUGAACAAAAUCAUGCUUCAAAGAAAGGAAUAAGUUCUGUUUACAUGUGAAAUCAGGAUUGUUCAUAAAAUUGAGUGAUGUUGUCAUUAUAAAGUUGUUUUUUCUACAAAUUUGUUCUGUUAUUUAUUCAUGUGUUUAUUUGUGAGGAUCUCUGCAACAUUUUUUAUAUUUAUUUGAAUACAUGUGCCAUAAAAAUAUCUGUAAAAGUCUGAU